CGCGCGUACUUACUCAAACGGUCCACAACCGUGAGCAAUCAGCUGGACACCUUGAAGACCGAGGUUCAGCAACUCCACCUGCUGCCUUAACAAGGAUGGCAACACCGUGCAUCACUACAAGAUGCCGACAUUCCAAAUCGAGGAGUUCGAUGAUUAUACGCAUCAAGACCCGGUCCUCUGGUGGGAGGGCUUUACAACGCAACUUCGGAUUCUGUUCGUCGCCAAGCACGCGUACAUCGGCGCCCUGUUCCUCAACUCAAAGGGCGGAUGCCAAAUCUGGUUGAGCCACCUGGCAACCAUCCACGGCGUCGAUGUCGCAGACCUGAAAGAUAAGAUCUCUUGGGAAGAGUUAACACGGCUAUGGAAGAAGCGGUUCAUCUUGGACGACGCCCCGGCGCUCGCCAUCAACCACCUCUUCGCUAUGACGCAAGGCAACACAUCAACACGUGACUGGCUCACGGAAUGGCAAGAGAUCACGGCAACGCCUGAUCUUGACUUGCCAUUUUCGCAUCUGCGCCGCGAGUUCUACAACCGGUCAUGUGCCGCCUUGAGCCUUGCACUUGGUGAUCGCGAGCAAUACGCGACCUUCGUCGAAAUCAUGGACAAGGCAAGGAAGAUCAUCAAGACCAAUAGGGCAGCUGCACAUGAGAAAUCAGCAUGGCAGCCAACCUAUGUGAAGAAGGUGAAAACUGGUCCGCGGCCGCAGCAUGUCGCUGCAAUCCAAUCGGACAACAUUUUGGAAGACCCGGAAGCCACCCAAGCAUCACGUGAGGGAGAUCAGGUGGCUGCUGUCCAGCCGCGAAGCAACAACAAGUCCCGAGGAAACGGGAAGGCGAAAACCGCAUCGCCCGUCGGAAACGGACAGCCAGCACCAUGGGUCAAGUUUCACUUGACCGAGGCGAAAUACAAGUGGCGUGGCCGCUACGGCUGCUGCUAUUGGUGCAACAACACCAAGCACAAGACCUCCCAAUGCCCUGAUCAAGGCAAGGAGGACGCUCGGCCUCUACCAACUCUGUUGAUGGACGCCGGAGUAGAGGUUGUCGACCUUCACGCCUACAUUGCGAAGAUCGACCGCGAGUUCAAGACACAGUGUCGGAGUUUGGACGAGCAUGUGGAGCACCUGCGCACCGUUUUGGAGCGGCUACGACAAGCCAACCACGACAAAUGCGAAUUCGCGCGGCAGGAGCUGGAGUACUUGGGACAUUAUGUGACGCCGCAAGGCAUCCGUCCGCUUGCGGUCCAGAUCGAGGUCAUCCGCGUAUGGUCCGAGCCCACCAACACCACGGACGUUCGUUCAUUCAUGGGAUUGGCGGGCUACUAUCAGCGAUUCAUCACCGGAUACUCAAGGAUUGCCGCACCUAUGACGAGAUUACAAUCUCCAAAGGUGCCAUUCGUAUUCGAUGACAACGCACGCCGGUCAUUCCAAGCACUUAAGACGGCCAUGCUCAUGGCACCCGUCCUUAGCAUCUAUGACCCCAGCCUGCCUACGAGAGUGACAACUGACGCUUCCAGCUAUGGCAUUGGGGCAGUCUUGGAACAACACGACGGCGACGACUGGCACCCGGUGGAGUAUUUCAGCCACAAAGUGCCUCCCAUCAAUUCACUUGAUGAUGCAAGGAAGAAGGAGCUGCUCGCGUUCGUGAUGGCUCUCAAGCGAUGGCGACACUUCCUCCUUGGGCGUCGUAGGUUCACAUGGGUCACGGAUAACAACCCAUUUACCUACUACAAGAUGCAGGAUACGGUGAGCAGCACGAUCGGGUGAUGGAUGUACUUCAUCAACCAAUAUGACUUCACACCGAAACAUCUCCCCGGCCUCUCCAAUCUCGCAGCAGAUGCACUCUCGCGA